AUGAAAACCUUCGCACUUCUCCUUGCUCUGUUCGCCGUUGCCAGCGCAGAAUGGAUCGAUAUCGAUUGGUCGCAGGUGCGCCCGAUCGAGGACUUCGACCACUACUGGGCUCGUCUUCCGGCCGAGAUGCAGAUCUACCGCAAUGCUAGACCAGCGCACCGAGUCACCAACGGCCAGGAGGCCACUCCCGGACAGUUCCCGUACCAGAUUGCUCUCCUCAGCGAGUUCAACACGGGCACUGGCUUGUGCGGAGGUUCCGUCUUGACCAACAACUUCAUCCUGACCGCUGCUCACUGCGUCAUCACGGGAGCUACCACUCUGGCCAACGGAGGUACCGCUAUUAUUGGCGCUCACAACCGCAACGUCCAGGAGCCCACCCAGCAGCGUAUCCGCUUCUCCACUGCUGGAAUCGCUGCCCAUCCAGGGUACACUCCAACCAACAUCCGUAACGACAUUGCUGUAGUCCGUCUGGAUUCCCCCAUGACCUUCAACGACCGCGUGCAGCCCGCUCGUCUGCCAGCCCGUUCCGACAGUCGUCAGUUCGGAGGAUUCAUGGGAACCGUCUCCGGAUUUGGUCGCACCUCGGAUGCCAGCCAGGCUACCUCGGCUGUUGUGAUGUUCACCUCGAACCCGGUCCUUACUGAAGCCGAUUGCAUCGGUCAGUGGAACGCCGUCCUGAUCCAGCCCCAGAAUGUGUGCAUGAGUGGAGCUGAAGGCCGCUCGUCGUGCAACGGUGACUCCGGUGGCCCACUGGCCGUCCAGGAUGCUGGAGCAAGCCGGCAGAUCGGUGUUGUGUCCUUCGGAUCCGCUGCCGGAUGCGCCAUUGGCAUGCCGUCGGUGUACGCCCGUGUCACGUUCUUCCUUGGAUGGAUCGAGGCCAACUCGGACUUCGUUGCCGACGCAUAA